UAUUUACGUGAACGAUCACAUGGAAAUCAAGUUGUUUUUUUUCUUCUUUUUUUUUUUUUUUUUGGGUCCGCGUUCUGGCGCUCUUCUUGGAAGCUGGACCAACGUGUUCAUCUUGGCCCCAGAGACGGAGGCUGGACGUGCGUUUGUAUAUUUAUUGCAAAAACUCCUUAAAGAUGAGCGCUUGCUUUGAGCUGCUACUCCAAGAAGCCGCCUCUGACAGUCUGUGGGAUUGCCCUGUGUUCCUUUCCUGUGCAAUCUAUAUAUAAGUCGGUGACAAAUAGUCCAAAUACAGUAGCAACCCAACUGUGAUGUGGGGGUGGUGCUGAGAGAACAGCUCCGUCUCCAAAGUCCCCCCUCUGUUGGAUCCGGAGUCCGUCAGGAGAAGGUGGCAGAGAGCCUCAGCUCCCACCUGCGCUCUAUUUUUCCCCCUCUCUUUAUUAUCAUGAAGAGACAAAACGCCCGGACUCUCGCCCUCAUCAUGAGCAUCCUCACCUACUUGGUGGUCGGAGCGGCCGUCUUCGAGACCUUGGAGUCGAAGCAGGAGAAAAGUCACAAAAGGAAGCUCGACGCCAGAAAGUACGAACUCAUGCGCAAAUAUAACUUGACCAAAGAGAACUUCGCAGAGCUCGAGCACGUCGUUUUACAGCUCAAUCCUCACAAAGCAGGGGUCCAGUGGAAAUUCGCUGGGUCCUUUUACUUCGCCAUCACUGUGAUUACGACAAUAGGUUAUGGCCACGCGGCGCCGAGCACCGACUCAGGGAAAGUGUUCUGCAUGUUCUAUGCCCUCCUGGGGAUCCCACUGACCCUGGUCAUGUUCCAGAGUCUGGGUGAGCGGAUCAACACGUUUGUCAGAUACCUGCUGCACCAAGCCAAGAAGUGCCUGGGAAUGCGUCACACUGAGGUCUCCAUGGCAAACAUGGUGACGGUGGGCUUCUUCUCCUGUAUGAGCACCCUGUGCGUGGGGGCUGUGGCGUUCUCUCACUCAGAGGGGUGGAGCUUUCUAAAUGCCUUCUACUACUGCUUCAUUACACUCACAACUAUUGGGUUUGGAGACUAUGUGGCUCUGCAAAAGAACGAGGCCCUGCAGAAUGACCCUCAAUAUGUGGCUUUCUGCUUUGUUUACAUCCUCACGGGCCUGACGGUGAUUGGAGCGUUCCUAAACCUGGUGGUGCUUCGCUUCCUCACCAUGAACACUGAGGAUGAGCGCAGGGAUGCCAAGGAGAAAGCAUUGCUCUCUGUCAGUAAGUCCAGAGGAGAGGUGACUCAUCUGUUACCAGUCUCAAUAUCAGCUUCCUCCACACCUGUAGCAGAUGACGCCACAAAGGCUAAAGAUUUAAAAGGUGUCUACACUGAAGUGCUGCAAUUCCAGACUAUUUGCUCCUGCUUGUGGUACAGGAGUGAGGAAAAGGAGCAGGACUCCAUACCCAACAUGAUCCCUCAGGAGAUGACAUUCUCCGAUGCCUACUUGCAGCAGAACAAUGACUGUGCUCACUACAUGGAGCCUGGCUCAACAGGCUGCGUUUGCAGUCCACGUCAGUGCACGAGCAUAAGCCCAAUUUCAGGCCUACACAUUUCCACCAUCAUAUUUGUGACUGGCCUCAUAUAAGUUGCCUUAAGUCACCCUGAAACAAAUCGUGAUUGUCAAAAGCUCCAAAAAGCUGACGCAUACCAGUAAUUUCAUAUGAUUCAUGUGUAGCUGCCCCUGUUUUUAUGACUUCCAGGGCUCUUUGCUCAAAGUGCAGGUACAUCACAGACAUGGCUAAAUUAUGUAAUGUGACAAGUGGAUAGGUUAAAAAAAAAAUCAUAUCUCAAACACAGUUAAAAAUUCCAUUUGGAAAUAAGUACAGUGAUCACAAGUAGACACUUACCAGCUCUGACUGAAACACUCAACUGGAUUAGUUGUGCAACACUGAAAGCACUGCUUUAAAAAAUGACUAGUGGGAUGAAGCAAGAACUCCAACAGCUGCACCAAAAAAUGAGCUUCACCGCCUUCCUAUAUGUGCUAUUUUCAUUUCCCCGUGACCAUUAAAAUCAAAGCUCCUUUGUAUUUAGAUACAAGACUUCAAGAUAAUUUUCCAAAUAAAUGCCUAGUGGCAUUACCAAGAUGGCUGCUAAGUGGCAGAACUUGCUUCUACAGGAGUUUGUCAAAACACUGAUACCUUUUUACCAUCUACCAAGCACCUCUAAAACUUCAUUAAUUAACGUGCAUUGUGUCUCGUUGAUUUCAUUUGUACAAAAAAAGUGUGAAAAUGUCAAGAAGCGAACCUCUCUUUUUAGUUAAUGUGCCAAGCAAAGUAACAGCCUG